AUGCAGGUGACGAGUUGGUGCGCCGUGUUCCUCCUGACGCCUGCACUUUGCCUGGUCACAAGUGCCCAUGCCUCAAAGUCAGACAUUGUGAAGUCUGGGAGCCCCAAAUCCACGCUAAAGCAUAUAUGGACAGAAAGCAGUAAGGAUAUGUCCAUCAGUAGGUUGCUGUCACAGACUCUGCAUGGCAAAGAGAACAGCACAGCCUUGGACCUUCGCUAUGAUACUCCGGAACCCUACUCUGAGCAGGACCUGUGGGACUGGCUGAGGAACUCCACAGACCUGCAAGACUCGCGGCCGCGGGCUAAGCGGCGGCCCAUGGUCAAGACGGGGAAGUUCAAGAAGAUGUUUGGCUGGGGGGACUUCCACUCCAACAUAAAGACGGUCAAACUUAACCUGCUAAUCACCGGUAAGAUCGUGGAUCAUGGCAACGGCACCUUCAGUGUCUACUUCCGCCACAACUCCACAGGCCAAGGGAACGUGUCCGUCAGCUUGGUCCCUCCCACCAAGAUUGUGGAGUUCGAUGUUGCGGCGCAGCAGUCCGUUAUCGACGCCAAGGACUCAAAGUCCUUCAACUGCCGCAUAGAGUAUGAGAAGGUGGAGAAGGGUGCCAAGAAUACGCUCUGCAACUUCGACCCGUCCAAGACCUGCUAUCAGGAGCAGACCCAGAGCCACGUCUCCUGGCUCUGCUCCAAACCUUUCAAAGUCAUCUGUAUCUUCAUUUCCUUCUACAGCACCGAUUACAAACUGGUGCAGAAAGUGUGCCCGGACUACAACUACCACAGUGACACUCCCUAUUUCCCCUCCGGCUGA